AAAGGAAAAAAAGAAAACAUCAACACAUGCACAAAUUACAAAGCCAGCCCAACCCGAUAGAGAUAGAUACAGAGAGUGAGAGAAGAGAGAGAGAGAGAGCCAGCGAGAGAUUUAGAGAAAACCAAGCUGAGCAAACCCUAGCUUUCUUCUCUCUCCCGCUCUGCAAUCUGUAUCGCCCAGCAACAGAAAACGAAAUAGAAAAAAAUAAAUAAAAGAAAAUACACCUCCACUAUCUCCAACAUGCACAAGUUAGGUCGGAGUCACCGUGAUAAAGUCCAGCAGUUUAUGACAAUAACUGGAGCAAGUGAAAAAAUAGCCCUCCAGGCUUUAAAAGCCAGUGACUGGCAUCUUGAAGGAGCAUUUGAUGUAUUCUACAGCCAGCCACAGAUUAAAACGUUUACCGAUUCUAGACAUUUAGAGGAGCUUUACAACCGAUAUAAAGAUCCAUAUGUUGAUAUGAUUCUAGCCGAUGGCAUCACUCUCCUUUGCACUGACCUUCAGGUGGAUCCUCAAGAUAUAGUCAUGUUAGUUGUUUCAUGGCACAUGAAGGCUGCCACCAUGUGUGAAUUUUCCAAGCAGGAGUUCAUAGGGGGAUUACAAGCUCUAGGGAUAGAUACUCUGGAGAAGUUCCGUGAAAGGAUACCAUUUAUGCGCUCUGAGCUGAAAGAUGAACAAAAGUUCCGUGACAUAUAUAACUAUGCUUUUGGCUGGGCAAAAGAAAAGGGUCAAAAAUCUUUGGCGUUGGAUACAGCAAUUGGAAUGUGGCAAUUACUAUUUGCUGAAAAGCAGUGGCCGCUAGUUGAACAUUGGUGCCAAUUUUUGCAGGCCCGGCAUAAUAAAGCCAUCUCUAGGGACACUUGGUCACAACUAUUGGAGUUUGCAAGGACGGUGGACCCUUUACUAUCGAAUUACGAUGCUGAAGGUGCUUGGCCCUAUCUCAUUGAUGAAUUUGUUGAGUACUUGAGUGAGAAUGGAAUAGUCCAAAACGCUCAGAUUUCUGAUUGGAGCCAACAACGAUGAACUGCUGCAAUGGUGAUGGUCGGAAAUGUUCUUGUCAUUUUUCGUUUAGUGUGAUUGAGAUGUGCCUGCCUUGUGAUUGAACUUGGUUUGUCUACAAGAAAUAAGACGACCCAAAAAAAAGAAAAAUUUAAAAACAAAAGAAGAGAGUAAAGAAUGAUAUCUCUUUCGAUUCAUUCUUAUUUUCUAUUGAUAAUUGUUACAUAUUGUUUCUCAGUCAAUUGGUAUUGUUGAUAAGGUAUAUGCAUUUCCUAUUAAGAUCAAACAAUGAAUGAGCAGACUGAACGCCUAAUUUAAAUGUUUCUUGUUUUA